CAGUCAAUAAUACAGUAGAACAAAAGAAAGAUCACUACUAAGUGGUGGAGUCAGAGAGAGGUUAAAGGGACAACAAUAACAAAACAUGAAUCAUCAAAAACAGUGCAGUCAUAAAGUACAUAAAGCUCAAUAUAAGAAGGGGAGGUUGAGUAUCUUGUCUCAAGGGAUGUCUGGUUUGGAGUAUAAAGUCUCAUGUGGGUCAAUUUAUUGGACCACACAGAGUUCCACUCCACAAACCAACAACGAAUUACACUCUACAGACCAAUGAUUCAACAGCGGGGGGAAAAACCCAGAACAACAGCAAGUGGGUUUAUUAUGACAUUUGUGUACCAUUCAUACAUAGAGUAUUGAAAAUACUGUGUCAAUGACAACAUUGACAUUUUACCUUGUGUUUUUUAGUUUUUCCUCUCAAUUCGUUGGCAAUACUCAAAGUGUAAUGAUCGAAGAAUUCCAAGGAUUCAAUUUUUCACACAACGAGUUCAUCUUUUUGGGAUUCCCAGUGAUCUACGAGUACAGACGACUACUUUCCUUACCGUUUUUCACCACCUACAUUUUAGUCUUGGUGGGAAAUUCUUUGUUGAUCUACGUGAUUAGAAUUAUGGAGAGCCUCCACAGCCCCAUGUAUAUAUUAAUAUGUGGUUUGGCGGCGGUAGACAUAGUGGUGGCUACAGUCAUUAUCCCCAACAUGCUGCUCAGCUUUCUGUUUGACUGGAAUGACAUCUCAUUGGCCAGCUGUUUGACUCAGAUGUUUUUCACUCACUUCCUGUCGUCGGUAGAGUCGACUAUUCUCCUGGCCAUGGCUCUGGACCGCUAUGUGGCUAUCUGCUACCCUUUGCACUACACUCGUAUCCUCAACUCUACCAUGUUUCUCAGACUGUUCCUGUUCACUGUUAUAAGGAGUGGUACUAUCAUGUUUGUACUAGUUGCGCUCGCUGGUUCUCUGUCUUUCUGUGGUUCCAAUGUCAUCCACCACUGCUACUGUGACCACAUGGCUCUGGUUAGUCUAGCAUGUGGUAACACGGACAAGAAUAAUGCGAUGGGAUUGGCUGUGAUUAUCUGUUUUGUGGGGAUUGAUAUUUGCGUCAUUAUUUUCUCCUACAUGAAGAUUCUGAACGUUGUGUUGCGUAGAGCAGCAGGGGAGGAUAGAUGGAAAGCGUUCCACACGUGUGGCACCCACCUAAUUGUCAUAAUGUGUUUUUAUUUGAUUGGCACUGUUACUUUCCUGUCACGGAAUCUGAAUAUGCAAAUUCCAACUGAUAUCAAUACUUUUCUAGGAGUGAUGUAUAUUGUUUUACCAGCGAGUGUCAAUCCAAUAAUCUAUGGAGUCCGGACGAAGGAAAUACGAAACGGUAUUUUGAAAUUGUUCAACACAAGAGUAAACAGAGAAUUGACUGUUCAGGUUGUAGAAAUGUGAUUCGUUUCAAAACUCUACUUUAGUUAGGGCUGGGAAUUGUUUACAUCUGAAAUUAUUCAUACCCUUUGACUUAUUCCACACUUUGUUGUGUUACAGCCUGAAU